AAGAAUAAGGUCGUGAGACAGCCUGAUAACUCAUCAAAACUUGCCGUCAGACUCCUGGCCAUUGGCUCUACAACGGCCAUCCUGCCGUCAGCUUUUACUGUCGCGGGAACACAAACAGUGGCAGCUAUUCUGAAAUUCAUAAUGAGAAAACUAGGCCUCGAAACAAUCCACGUAUAUGUUCUGAACUCUUUCCAGCCUACGCCCGAUGAAACCAUGGGCCAAUUGCACGCCAUGUUCAGCACAAACGGGGUGCUUAACUUGAGCUACUGCGAGAACAUUGCAUUUGGUUAA